UUCUUGGAUCAAUGAGUGUGGUGAUCGUGGGGACAGCUGUCGUCACACAUGGUGUAUGGUCGAUCCCUUCGUGGCUCACAAACCUCCUCAUCACACGCUAAGCACUCCAGACGGGAAAUCCUCAGCCUCGUCAUCCUCAGGUCGGACCAAGGUAUAUGAGAGUCGCUCAACGUGCACACACAACCCCGGGGCACAACGCUUGAUUUGAGGACCCAGGGCACAACGCUUGACUUGAGGACCAAGGGCACAACGCUUGACUCGAGGACCCAGGGCACAACGCUUGACUUGAGGACCCAGGGCACAACGCUUGACUCGAGGACCCAGGGCACAACGCUUGACUUGAGGACCCAGGGCACAACGCUUGACUUGAGGACCCACCAUGCGGAAGGUGUACCGGAUCGUGCCGCGGCUUCUGGUCGUGGCGGCUGUAGUGUGUUUCUUCUUAUUCUCUAAAAGGUUCUACAAGACGGACGAGCUGCCUAAAUGGUGGAGUAAAUCAGAAAUGAAAGUGGCCCCGCUAGCGCCACGCCCAGAUUUCAAUACAUAUCUCAAUAACAGUAGACCUGAGCAUGUGAAGAAGAUCAACAGUGAUCUGAAAGCUGAUGUUGAUGAUGAGGAGGAAAAUGAGGAUGUAGCUGAGCAUGAUGUCGUAGAGGAGAGGGAUGCUGUUCAGGAUGGUGGAGUUGAGGUCAAGCAUGAGGGGGUAAGGGACGCCGUACAGGUUGAUGCCGACAGAGGGAAGGCAGUGCGCGGUGACGCCGUUCAGGUUGAUGACGACAGAGGGAAGGCCGUGCACGGUGACGCCGUUAAAGCCAACGUGGACGUCCCAGCUGUACAGGUCAAGGGAGAUAAUCCAGUUGAGGAUGUGCCGUUCCCGGCGUUUGUGAAGGAGAGUGUUGAGGGUGGCCUUGGUGAGCAUGGCGUCCCCGCCGUGAUGAAGUUGUCGGCCACAGAGAAGCAGGAGUCAGACCGGGUGAUGGCGCUGAACGACUUCAACCAAUACGCCAGCGACAGAAUCUCCAUCCAUCGUCGCCUUGACGACACACGGGACGCUUACUGUAAGGACGCUACCCACCCCUCCACACUUCCGGUAGCCAGCGUCAUCAUCUGUUUCCACAACGAGGCUUGGUCCGUGCUGCUGAGGUCCGUUCACAGCAUCCUCGACAGGUCGCCUCCCCACCUGCUAAGGGAGAUAAUCCUUGUGGACGACUUAUCCUCGAUGGGCCACCUGAAAGCUCCCCUUGACCGCUACAUGGCGGACUACCCGAAGGUGAAGAUUGUCCGAGCGGCCCGGCGGGAGGGUCUGACCAGGGGCCGGCUGCUGGGCUAUGACCAGGCCCAGGGUCCAGUCCUCAUCUUCCUCGACUCCCACAUCGAGUGUUUCCCAGGGUGGCUGGAGCCCCUCCUGACUAAGAUAGCCGCUGACCCCCGGGCAGUAGCGUUCCCCGUCAUCCCGGUCAUCAGCAGACUGGACAUGGGCGUGCGGAACGUCAUGAGCCUGGCGGUGGGCAAGUUCAAGUGGAACGGCUUGACCUUCACCUGGGGUGGAAUGACCGGCAAGGAGAGCGCCAGGAGGAAGGAGAAGUACGAGCCGGUCAGAUCCCCGACGAUGCCAGGCGGCUUGUUCGCGAUAGACAAGCAGUGGUUCACGACUCUCGGAACAUACGACCCGGGGCUGGACUUCUGGGGUGGUGAGAAUGUGGAACUCUCGUUUAAGGCGUGGAUGUGUAACGGGUCAGUGGAACUGAUCCCCUGUUCCCAAGUGGGGCACAUAUUUCGGACUGUCAACCCCAUCACGUGGCCGAAAGGGGGCGCCAUUAUGCGGAACUCCAUGCGGGUGGCGGAGGUGUGGCUGGACGACUUCAAGGACGUCUUCUACGACUUCUCCUUUCGUAAAAGCGAGUUCGGGGAUGUGAGCGCCAGGAAGAAGCUGCGGGAGUCCCUGCACUGCCACGACUUCAAGUGGUAUCUGGACAACGUCAUGGACGGACAACUGCCCCCCAACGUCGUGGCCCGCGGAGAGAUCCGGAACACCCAGAUGUCCGUGUGUUUGGAUAGCAUGGCGUCCAAGAGGGUGCCGGAGUUGUACAGUUGCCAUGGUGAUGGCGGCAAUCAGUGGUGGGUGGUGACGGACACUGGUCAGAUCAUGCAGGACACCAUGACGCUGUGCUACGAGGAGGGACGACUGCGAUUAGGCCGGUGUACACCCAGGUCACCCUACUGGAUCAUGAAUUAUGAGACCCAGACUCUAAGACACGCAGCCACGGGCCUGUGCCUGGAGCUCAAUCCUCCGCAGACCGUCGUCAUGGCCAGCUGUAAUGGCGGACACAACCAACACUGGAUGCUGCCGAAAAGGAAGUCCUGACAACAGCCUCCCCAUCCUUAGUGUUCAUCAUCAUCAUCAUCAUCAGCAGCAGCAGCAGCAGCAGCAGCAUAACCGUUAUUAUCAGCAGCAGCAGCCUCAAGUGAAAUAAACUUAAAAAUAAGGCAUAUCCGCGACAAAACCCGAAUUCACUAGAAAUCUCUGCUAACCACAGAGUCCAUUGUAUGAUUCCGACCUUAUCAUGAGCAUGUGUUUGUGUAUCACUAUCAGGUGAGCGUAUCCUGCCCCACCAGUGGCACCCAUCACAAACAUCUGCAAAGGCAAGUCAAUUGUACACUUAAAACAACACUGUAUAGUACAAGGGAAAUACAUCAGACAUCAUUUUUCCCAUGUAAAUUCUUUUUAAAAGAUUUACUGAGGCCUUGACUAUGGUUACCUUGAUCAAACAACAUCGGAGCAAGAGUCGUAUGUACCAGGUUUAGUGAGCCAACCAUUACGGUUUGGGUGAAAUAAUUACCAUAGUUUAUCCCAAAUUCUGUAAUUACGAUUAAGUGAAAUAUAUGAAAUCGGAGAGAGAGUGUGUGUGUGUGUGUGUGUGUGAGAGAGAGAGAGAGAGAGAGAGAGAGAGAGAGAGAGAGAGAGAGAGAGAGAGUCAGAUAGAGUGAAAUUAUUCCCUUGUGCCUCACAGGCAGUGAUGAAUACAUAAACACAUAUGACAUGGUGUACCAAGGCCGUCCAAUGGAUGAAAAAACAAACAACAUUAAUACCAGCAGACAGGCACAUGAGUGGAUUUACAUGUUCACGAACUGAUACAUAUCCACUCCCAACACCUCCCACACGUCAUACACACACACUUCAACCACCCCUACACACAUCGACAUGUUCCCUCACCCUGC